AUGACUAAAGAUUUGGCUGAAACUAACUUGUUUAAACCUAUAACUAUUGGUAAAGAUAUCAAAUUAUCUCAUAGAAUAGUGCAUGCACCUACAUCGAGAUCAAGAUCUACCAAUGAUGGUGAAAAUUCUCCAACAGAUUUAAUGAUUCAAUAUUAUGAUUCAAGAUCAAGAACCGAAGGUUCAUUGUUGGUAUUCGAAUCAUGUUUAGUAUCACCAAGAAGUGGAUUAGUACCAUUCAAAUCCGGUGUUUUUACUUCCGCUCAAUGUGAAGCUUUAAGAAAAAUAACUGAUAAAAUUCACGAAAAUAAUUCAUAUGUUUCAUGUCAAAUUUUCAGUCCUGGUAGAGUAGCCAAUAUUCAAAUUUUAAAAGAUAAACAAUUGCCAUAUGUUGCUCCUUCUGUUAUAUAUCACGCUGAAGGUCAUAAGGUAACUGCUGAAGAAUUAAAUUACCCAUUAAAAGAAUUAACAAUUGAAGAAAUUCAUCAAAUUCAAGAUGAUUUUGUAACUGCUGCUAUAAAUUGCUUAACUAUAGGAGGAUUUGAUUUAGUUGAAUUGCAUGGAACUUCAGGAUUUUUAAUUGAACAAUUUUUAUCACCAAUUUCAAAUACAAGAACUGAUCAAUAUGGAGGAAGUGUUGAAAAUAGAUGUAGAUUCUUAAUUGAAAUAAUAGAUAAAUUUAUAGAACAUCCACAAAUUGGAGCCUCAAAAUUUGGUGUUAGAAUAGCUGCAUGGUCAACUCAUUUUGGUAUGAAUUAUCCUGAAGAUAAAUAUCCAUUAGACGCGUCAUUUCCACCAUUAUUAUUUUGUCAAUACAUAUUGAAAUACUUAGAAAAAUUAAAACAACAGGGUAAAGAAAUUGCUUAUGUUUCAAUAACAGAACCAAGAGUUUCUGGUUCUUUUGAUCAAGAUCCAGAUGGGAAAUCAAAUUCAUCAUUAACUGAAAUUUGGUCAGGUAAAUUAAUUAGAGCUGGUGGUUACGCGACGAAUUAUAAAGGUGAUCCAUCGUUAAUUAAAUCAAAUAACUCAAAUUUGAAAAUUGGGGACGGUGAAGUACAACACUAUGCUGCUUUAACAAAGGAUGUUGACGCUGAUGAUAGAACAUUAAUUGCUUUCUCGAGACCAUUUACUUCAAAUCCUGAUUUAAUCAAGAGAUUGAAAGAAAAUCUCAAGUUAGAUUUAUAUGAAAGACCUUUCUUUUAUUCUCAUCAAUUAGAAGGUUAUUUAACUUUUGGAGAUUAUGUUGAUGAGAAUUUAUUUUCAAAUACAUUAAAAUUUCCAAUUGAUGAAUUAAAAAGAGAAGGUAAAUCAUUAUUAAAUAGUCAAGUAAAUUAA